UUGAUGGAUGAUUACUCUGUGUGUGAGUGUGUGUGUGUGUGUGUGAGAGAGAGAGAGAGAGAGAGAGAGAGAUAGAGGGAGUCCCCCCCUUUCUUUUUUUUUUUCUAGUGGCUCACUGUUCAGUGCACAAUGACUCAAUGAAAAGUGGAGAGGAGAGGCGAGCACACUGUACGGCUGCAUGAGAGGGAGAGAGGGAGCACACAGGAGAGUAGAAGAAGAAGAAGAGAAGCCAACUGGAGGGAGCUCUAAAGCUGGGGACAAGUAGAAGAAGAGGAUAUACUUGUCUGUCCCCCCACCCAGCUCCCCUCUCUUUAUCUCUCUGAAAGGCCACUCUGGGAUCAAGUGGCAGUUGAACUUCAUCCGGCUGUGCUGCAGCCUCUCUGAGCGUUUUCUUGCUGUUUCUGUCCACUUUUGUAAGGAGGUAGUUGCUGGUGGUCAGCUGUCCCAGGCAGACAGAGGGGAUAGGAUCUGCAGUGUCGUGGAGCAGGAUGCCUGCAGGAAGAGCAGGAGAUGGAGCCGGGUCAGGAGGCUGCGGGACGAUGGGUCGGGGUCUUCGGUCUGGGCUGUGGACCAUUCUGGCGUGGGGCGUUCUGGUGCUGCUGGCGGGUCAGGGAGGUGCCGAGGCGUGCCCGAGUCCCUGCAGCUGUCUGGGGAACACGGUGGACUGCCACGGCCUGGGGAUCCGCUCCAUACCCAAAAGCAUCCCCAGAGGAACUGAGAGGCUAGACCUGAAUGGGAACAACCUGACAGUAAUCACCAAGACAGACUUCUCUGGCCUCAAACACCUCAGAGUCCUUCACCUGAUGGAGAACCAGAUCAGUAACGUUGAGAGAGGAGCUUUUGAUGACCUGAAGGAGCUUGAAAGACUCCGUCUCAACAAAAACCGUCUCAGCCAGCUUCCAGAGCUGCUCUUUCAGAAGAAUGAAGCCCUGUCUCGACUGGACCUCAGUGAAAAUGGUAUCCAGGCCAUCCCAAGGAGAGCUUUCAGAGGAGCCACAGACCUCAAAAACCUUCAGCUGGAUAAAAACCAUAUCAGCUGUAUUGAGGAGGGGGCAUUUAGAGCUCUGCGAUCUCUGGAAGUACUCACGCUCAACAACAACAACAUCACCAGUAUUCCAGUCUCCAGUUUCAACCACAUGCCGAAACUCCGUACUUUUCGUCUCCACUCCAACUCCCUGCGUUGCGACUGUCACCUGGCCUGGUUGUCUCCGUGGUUACGUCAGCGGCCGGCUUUGGGCCUCUACACUCAGUGCAGCUCGCCUCCUGCUCUGAGAGGCCUCAACCUCGCUGAGCUGCGCAAGAAUGACUUUGCCUGCUCAGGCCACAGCGGCAGCGCUUUCGUUCAGCCGUGCAGUUUGGCGUCCGGGUCCUGUCCGCCGAUGUGUUCCUGCAGCAACAACAUCGUGGACUGUCGAGGGAGGGGCCUCACCGCCAUCCCCGCUCACCUCCCUGAAGCCAUGACCGAGAUUCGUCUGGAGCAGAAUGGCAUCAAGUCAGUUCCUCCAGGAGCCUUCACCUCCUACAAGAAGCUUCGACGAAUAGACCUGAGUAACAACCAGAUAUCUGAGAUCGCCCCUGAUGCUUUCCACGGCCUCCGAGCUCUCAACUCACUGGUGCUGUAUGGUAAUAAGAUCACUGAGCUUCCCAGUGCAGUGUUUGAUGGCCUGGCUUCCCUGGAGCUGCUGUUGCUUAACGCAAAUAAGAUCCACUGCAUCCGAGCCACAGUGUUCAAAGAUCUGGAGAACUUGGCUCUCCUGUCGCUGUACGACAACAAGAUCCAGAGUCUGGCCAAAGGCACCUUCAACUCACUGCACAGCAUCCAGACCCUCCACCUGGCCCAGAACCCUUUCGUGUGUGACUGUAAUGUGAAGUGGCUGGCCGACUUCCUGCGUUCAAACCCCAUAGAGACGAGUGGAGCGCGCUGUGCCAGCCCUCGCCGCCUUGCCAACAAACGCAUCGCACAGAUCAAGAGCAACAAAUUCAGAUGCUCCGCCAAGGAGCAGUACCACAUUCCAGGUACUGAAGACAGACGUCUGAGCUAUGAGUGUAACAGUAAGCCAGUGUGUCCUGCUAAAUGUCGCUGUGAAGCCAACGUGGUCGAUUGCUCCAACCUCCGCCUCACCAAGUUCCCUGAGCACCUGCCGCCCUCGACUGAAGAGCUGCGUCUCAACAACAACGACCUCUCCGUGCUGGAGGCCACCAGAGCCUUCAAGGGCCUGUCACAGCUCAAGAAAAUUAACCUGAGCAACAACAAGAUUUCAGAGAUUGAAGAUGGAGCAUUUGAGGGCGCCUCCUCGGUGGUAGAGCUUCACCUGACGGCCAACCACCUGGAAUCUGUGAGAGGAAGCAUGUUCAGAGGCAUGGAGGGCCUUCGCAUGCUGAUGUUGAGGAACAACAAGAUCAGCUGCAUCCAUAACGGCAGCUUCACAGGGCUGACCAACGUCAGGCUGCUCUCCCUCUACGACAACCAGCUGAGCACCAUCCUGCCGGGGGCCUUCGACACCCUGCCCAACCUGUCCACACUAAAUCUCCUGGCCAAUCCUUUCAACUGUGACUGCCGCCUCUCCUGGUUUGGGGUGUGGCUUAGAAGCCGGCGAAUUGUGACGGGGAAUCCUCGCUGUCAGGGCCCCGCUUUCCUCCGAGAGAUCCCACUGCAGGACGUGGCUGUCCCUGAUUUUCGCUGCGAGGACGGCUCUGUGCUGGACGACAGCAGCUGUGUUCCAGGACCUCAGUGUCCCAGCCAGUGCACCUGCAUGGACACGGUGGUCCGCUGCAGCAACAAGCACCUGCAGGCUCUGCCCAGAGGGCUGCCGCGCAACGUCACCGAACUGUAUCUGGAUGGGAACCAGUUCACCAGUGUUCCUAAGGAGUUAGCCACCUUCAAAUACCUGCAGCUUGUAGAUCUGAGCAACAAUAAAAUCAGCUCCCUAUCCGACGACUCCUUCUCCAACAUGAGCCAGCUCACCACGCUGAUCCUCAGUUACAACUCACUUCGCUGUAUCCCUCCUCUGGCUCUGGGAGGGUUACGCUCUCUGAGGCUGCUCUCUCUCCAUGGCAACGACAUCUCCGAGCUGCAGCAGGGCAUCUUCAGCGAUGUGGCCUCCUUGUCUCACCUAGCGAUCGGAGCCAACCCUCUGUACUGCGACUGCCGUCUGCUCUGGCUGUCAGACUGGGUGAAGAGCGGCUAUAAGGAGCCUGGUAUCGCCCGCUGUGCCGGCCCCCGCGGCAUGGAGGGCAAGCUGCUGCUCACCACGCCUGCCGACAAAUUCCAGUGUCUGGGUCCCGUGGAGGCUUCUGUCCAGGCCAAGUGUAGUCCGUGUGUGUCCUCCCCCUGCCAGAACCAGGGCAUCUGCCAGCUGCACCACACACAGCAGUUCACCUGUACCUGCAAGUCCGGCUUCACGGGUAAACACUGUGAGACUCCGGUUGAUGCUUGUGUCAGUAAUCCCUGCACUAACGGAGGAACCUGCCUCAGUGACGAGCAGACCAGAGGCUUCAGCUGUGCAUGUGCAUUUGGUUUCCAUGGCACUUUCUGCGAGGUGAACGUGGACGACUGUGAGGCCCAUGGAUGUGAGAACGGUGCCACCUGUGUGGACGGAGUCGGCAACUAUACUUGCUUGUGUCCUCCAAACUACACAGGUCUGUUCUGUGAAGAAGAGGAAGGUGUUUGUUCUCCAGGUAGAAAUCCCUGUCAGCAUCAGUCCACUUGUGUCAGCACUCCUACCGGCCCCAGAUGUGUCUGCAUCCCGGGCUGGGUUGGGCCAGAAUGCAGGAUAGAUUAUGACGAAUGUGCAGACCAUCGCUGUCAGAAUGGGGCUCAGUGUGUCGACCAUCUGGAUGGCUACAGCUGUGUCUGUCCACAGGGAUUCAGCGGUGAGCUUUGUGAGGUGGCCCUUCCUCCCCCGUCGCCCUGCCAGCUGGCUCAGUGUCAGAACGGCGCCCCCUGUGAGGAGAGGAUGGACACCGCAGUCUGCCAGUGCUUGCCAGGCUUUGAGGGUCAGAGCUGCGAGAAGCUGGUCAGCGUAAAUUUCGUCGACAGAGAUUCUUACGUUCAGCUUCAAGAUGUCAAGAAUUGGCCUCAAACCAACAUCACACUGCAGGUGUCAACAGCAGAGGAAAAUGGUAUCUUGCUUUAUAACGGUGACAAUGAACCAAUCGCUGUGGAACUCCAUCAGGGUCAUGUCAGGGUAACCUACGACCCUGGAAACCAGCCUGCCACCGCUAUCUACAGUGCUGAGACGGUGAACGAUGGGCUUUUCCACACGGUAGAGCUGGUGACCUUUAAUCGGAUGCUGAACUUGUCGGUGGACGGAGGCGAGCCCACCACGCUGGACAGUCACAGCCGAAGCCAGCCGGCAACAGGGGAGGCUCCUCUGUAUGUGGGAGGUAUGCCAGAGGAGGUGAUGCCAGCCUCUCUGGGUCUCUCUUCUCAGACCCUCAACAUGUCCAGUUUCCACGGCUGCAUCAGGAACCUUUACAUCAACCACGAGCUGCAGGACUUCACCCGCAGCCACAUGAAGCCUGGGGUGGUGCCGGGCUGCCAGGCCUGCCGCAAACUCUACUGCCUGCACGGCAUCUGCCAACCCAACGCUGCAGAGGGCCCCCAGUGUCACUGCCAGACGGGUUGGAUGGGACAGCACUGUGACCAGCCAACAACAGGAGGUCUUACUGGAGUGGAUGUUGUCACCACGGCAACUGGCGUCAACCCGUGUGAAGACAGCAAGUGUGUAAAAGGUGUGUGCGUGGCGUUGGAUGCACAAACCUACCGCUGCGACUGUGAGGCGGGAUACCGUGGUUCACUGUGUAACCUGCAGGAGGUACCGACAGGUUCAUGCCAGGGGCUGCAGUGUCUGCAUGGCCAGUGUCAGGAGACGGAGGACGGACAGAGCUGUGUGUGUGAGCAGGGAUACACCGGAAAGAGCUGUGAUAUAGAGUCUCCCUGUCGUGGUGAGCCGGUCCGAGACUACCACCGGCUGCAGCACGGCACCGUCCUCUGCCAGACGUCCAAGCCCUUCUCCUGGGUGGAGUGUCGGGGUCGCUGCCGGGCGGGAGCCGAGCCGGCCGUCCCCUCCGCCUCCUGCUGCGCCCCGCUGAGGGUCCGACGCCGGCGGCUCGCCUUCGAAUGUGACGACGGGACCUCGUUCACGCAGGACGUGGAGAAGCCUGUGGAAUGCGGCUGCAAGGAGUGUGUGUAGCACUGCGGAUGGGAUGGUGCGCACGUACACACAUGCACACACACACACACACACACACAGAGUUUCAAACACAGCACACACACACCGAGCUAAAGAGGUACGCACACUGUAGGAAUUCUGUCACUGAUAAACAGACAUUUGUUUUGUGUGUUUUUGCGCACAGUCGCAGUUUUGUAACAUAAGACAGUUCUUCCCUCUCGAGACAUGAAGUCAACGAGUCAACCUCAUCAUCGUCAUCUUCCUCUUCCUCAUCUGCUGUAGGAGAACCUGCGCACUAACUCCCUAACCCCAGCUCAUUAUUAAUAGUUGUGUGGUGAAAAGCCUCUGUAUGCCUUCUCGUUUGUGUUUCUGACGUGUGUCGGGUUAAGUGCUGCUCUUUGUUCCCUCACAGCUGCAGCAGCAGACUUGUAGCAGGAAGUAAAGGUACUAAUUAAGCUGGGACUCGUUUAUGAAGUAUAAGCUUUGACAGUCAAAACCGAUCGGAAAAAACAUCACUCCAUUUCUAUCUCUGAUGUAAAAGAUCUCACCUCUGAGACUUCAUGUGCAGAUAUCUCUCAACAGCAGCACUGAGGUCUGACAGUGUGAUAAAGGACAAAUAAACUACAUCUUGAAGCCUC